AUGGAGCUGCUGCAGAAAAUGCUUGGCGUUUUGAUUUUGUCCUGUUUGCGUUUGGCUGGUGUGUUCGGCGCUGGUGAAGUGAAGUCAGUGUCAGUGACGGAGGGACAUUCUGUCACUUUACACACCAAUGUUACUGAACUAAAGAAAGAUGAUGUGAUGCUGUGGAAGUUUGGACCUAAAGACGUUCUUAUAGCUCAGAUCAGUUCAAAGGAGAGUGAGAUAUAUAAUGAUUCUUAUGGGAGAUUCAGAGACAGACUGAAGCUGUACACUCAGACUGGAUCUCUCACCAUCACAAACAUCAGAAUCACCGACUCUGGACUUUAUAAACUGAUCACCACUAGAACAGACACCCCGCUUAAGAACUUCAACAUUACCGUGUACGCUGAGAUCAUUAUGGGAAACCAAUCAUACUUUAUCUCUGUCAGUAAUGAUGAUAUUUUUAAAGACCGUCUACAGAUGAACAAUCAGACUGGAUCUCUCACCAUCACAAACAUCACAACCGAACACUCUGGACUUUAUAAACUACAGAUCAGAAGCAGCACCGAGACAUCAUUAAAGAGAUUCCAUGUUGCAGUGUAUGAUAAACGGUCUGUGAAUGAAGGAGAUUCUUUCACUUUAAGUUCUGGUCACACUCAACUAGGAGACAAUGUCGUGACGUGGAGGUUUGGAAACAAACCCGUAGCUACAAUCAGUGGAAAUCCGGCAUCUGUUUGUGUUGAAGAGAGAUUCAGAUACAGAGUUCAUGUGGAUCCUCAAACUGGAUCUCUGACCGUCAGAAACAGCAGAACUGAAGAUUCUGGACUUUAUCAACUACAGAUCAGCAGAAACGACGGCACAGAGAAAUCAGAAGAGAAAUUCAUUGUUAUUGUCCAGGAGAAAAUAAAGAGCGUGUCAGUGAUGGAGGGAGAUUCUUUCACUCUCAGCACUUUCAUGCAGAGGCCGGAUAUGAUCAAGUGGGAGAUUGGACACAAGUGUAUAGCUGAAGUCAUUGGUAUACAACCUGUUGUUAGUGCUGUUGUCGAUGACAGAUUCAGAGACAGACUGGAGCUGGACCAUCAGACUGGAUCUCUCACCAUUACAAACAGCAGAACCACAGACUCUGGACGUUACACACUGAAGAUCGGCUCUGAGGAUUCAGAAUGGAAAUUCAGUGUCACUGUCAAGAGCCGGGCUACUUGGAAAAAACGUCCAGAGCAGAAAGAAGAAAACGAAGAGGCGAUACAAAUACCUUUGAUGAGUGAAGAUGCUUCAGGCAGAAGGAAUUAUUGAAUCAGAAAAGAAGCUGUUAAUGUUGUGGAUGAUCAGAAGGGAAUAAUCGAAAGAGUCUAGAAGAACAAACACACAUUGAACAAAUACGUUUGAAAAUGCAUCAAUCUGAAAUUCUAUGGGAACAUAGUCCUUUUAAAAGAUUUAAUUUCAUUAUUACUUUAGGUGAUAAAAUAUUGAUAUAUAAUUCUUUUUAUGUCUAAAAUAAAAAAAUCAUUUUAAUAAAUGAAGAAGUAGGUCCUAAAAAAGGUAAACAUCUGUGUGAUAUGUGUCUAGUUUUGUAAUUUUGUUUCAGUGCUUUCCACGCAUAAACUUUCUCUAUCUCUACCUGGGAAGAUGUUUAGCAAAUAGCUUCAGAAAUAUAAUGUACAAGUACAAUACAAAUGCCUUGCCUUUGACUCAUUUUAAGAUAUCAGUGCAAGUUUCUUUUGGUUAAGACAGCUCAAGCAUGCUUGUGGGAUUACACCCGAGCCUUUCUGUGACACUGGGCAUAAAUGUGUCUCGUUUUAACUAUUAACCUGCAUUGUAAACCUAUUCCGUAAAAUAUUUUUUUCCCUGUAAAAUUACAUGUUUUUAUCUGGUUUUCUUGUAAAUAUGCUGUGUUUUCCCUGUAAUUUGACGGUUUGGACUGUAUUUCAAAGAUAAA